UCGCCCCAGUACUCCCUCUCUCUUUACUAUGGACAGAGAAUACACCGAGGAGCCUGCUACACACCCAGCUGAUCUGGGGACCAACGGAGCCAUGAGGCUGGGUUCAGCGAUCCUCGGUCUACUGCUGCUCCAGGGCUACAGCUCCCAACCUACGACAACUCAGACCUCUCAGGGGCUCUUCGGGAGUCUGAGCCCCCAGGCAGUUUCUCUCAGCUCAGGAGACAGAUCUCCCUCAGAGCCUGGCAUCUCGGGGCUUCAGCUUAGCACCGUUACCCCAGAAAUGCUUCAGAAGUCAUCUCAGGCCUCCUUGAUAUCCAGUCAACCUGUGACGCCAAGGUCAAGCACCAUGGAUAAACAUUCCAUUUCCUUGCCCAACUUGAUGUCAUUCCAGCCACAGAAGCACACACUGGGACCUGGCACAGGAGUCCCAGAAAGCAGCAGCAGCAGCAGCAGCAGCAGCAGCAGCAGGAGCAGGAGAGGAGAAGCGUCUCUGGAUGCUACUCCCAGUCCAGAAACUGCCAGCCUUUGGACAAAUCCUGCCUACCCCCUGCCUACCCCCACAUCAGAAUCAGUGCUAACUGUGGCUGCCUUUGGUGUCAUCAGUUUCAUUGUCAUCCUGGUGGUUGUAGUGAUCGUCCUGGUCAGUGUCGUCAGUCUAAGAUUUAAGUGUCGGAAGAACAAGGAGUCUGAAGAUCCACAGAAACCAGGGAGUUCAGGGCUACCUGAAAGCUGCUCCACGGCAAACGGAGAGAAAGACAGCAUCACGCUCAUCUCCAUGAAGAAUAUCAACAUGAACAACAGUACAGGCUGCGCCUCAGCAGAAAAGAUUCUUUAAAAGUGACCUGGAGUCGCCAUGGGUGCAGGCGUGAUGCGCUGUCCAGUGGCCAUGAGGAAGACGAGACGGGAGUGGUGAAGGCAGCAGACCACACAUAAAUUAUUUUAUUUCAUGCCUGCUCCCAGCUCUAAAGGAUUCGUCUAGAUCCAGAAGCGACCUGCCACACGAGAGACUCCUUCCCGCGUGGAAGCCAUGCCAGCCCUUCUGCCUGUUCCUCCUCCUCCUCAGCUCAGGAAUGAGGAGUCAAUAGAGCAAGACGUAGGGAAAUAAUGAGGUGACUGUCCAUUCUUCUCAAAUUAAAAUAAUUUUCUGGCCUGAAAUCUAAUUUCUUUUAAGGUCUAUGUUCCUAUCUAUCUAUCUAUCUAUCUAUCUACCUACCUACCUACCUACCUACUUAUCUUUUCUUUGUUUUUUUGUUUCUUUGUUUCUUUCCUUUCUUUCUUUCUCCCUCCCUCCCUGCCUCCCUCACUCUCUCUCUCUUCCUCCCUCCUCCCCUUUCAUGUGUGUGUGUGUGUAUGUGUGUGUGUGUAUGUGUGUGUGUGUGUGUGUGUGUGUGUG